UAAACAAAGAGUAAUACAACAGAACCGAGCUGCUGUGGCACACUACACGCCGCUACCUCUAGCGUCUAACCUCAUCUCCAUUACAAGAUCCAAUUACUGCAAGGUAGCAGAUUUCGCUUUGAAUUCCUCCCUUCGUUAUUCCACAGGGUAUCUCCGAACAUCUGCUUCAGGUUCUCGUUGAAUUCUGCGGAAUUGAUUCGAUCGCCAUGGAAGCCGUCGCCUCGCUUUGUUCGUCUCCUUCUCACCACUUCAAAAAUACGAUCUUGGAAUCUCGAUACCGCGUUCUGGCUUUCAGCCGCUCCACCAAUUCUAUUUUGGUCGACAAGAAGAGUUGGCUCACGGGUUGCCGUUCGUUUUCUGUAUCGGGGAGGCGUUCUGUUUGGAUGAUAGGUCGCCGAAGGUCCCAUAUCAGCGCAUCGUUGUCUUCUUUUGAAUCGGAGUCGUCGUCUGAUGAUUCAGCUCCUCUUGCCCCUCUGCAACUGGAGUCUCCGGUUGGCCAGUUCCUCUCGGAGAUCCUCCUCAGCCACCCCCAUCUUGUUCCCGCUGCUGUUGACCAGCAGCUACAGCUACUUCAGACCGCUCGCGAUGAGGAUAAUGGCAACGACGAGUCUUCCUCUUCUGGCACGGACCUAGUUUUGUAUAGGAGAAUUGCUGAGGUGAGGGCAAAUGAAAGGAGAAGGGCUCUUGAAGAGAUCCUGUACGCUUUGGUCGUCCAAAAGUUUGUAGAAGCUAAUGUCCCGUUGACUCUUCCAAUAUCUCAAUCUGCAGAUCAUUCUAAUAGCGUGCAUCGACGUUCUACAGAGGAAGAAAAACUGGCGCAGCUCCAUUCUCCCGAGGCUUAUGAGAUGAUCAAGAAUCAUCUCACUCUCAUUUUAGGUCAGAGAUUGGAGGAUCUGAACUCGGUUGCUCCAGUCAGUAAGCUUCGUGUUGGGCAGGUCUAUGCAGCCUCUGUCAUGUAUGGGUAUUUCCUUAAGAGAGUGGAUCAGCACUUUCAGCUUGAGAAAUCAAUGAAGACCUUACCAUGGGGAUCCGAGGAGGAAGAGAAUGCUAUCCAGAAGGCAAUUUCUGAUGAAUCUAGGCCUUCAGCUCAAGCUGCAAAUUCCUUAUCAAAGUUGCCAACUUUGCAUUCACCAAGCUCAAACUCGAGUGGGUUUGAGGGUCGGGCCAAAUCAUCUCGCUUGAGAUCUUAUGUUAUGUCCUUUGAUUCUGAGACAUUGCAGAGGUAUGCCACAAUACGGUCAAAGGAAGCCUUUAGUGUUGUUGAGAAGCAGACCGAGGCAUUAUUUGGGAGGCCCGAGAUAGUAAUCAGCCCCCAAGGUGCCAUUGAUGACUCUAAGGACGAGCUUAUCAAAAUAAGCUUUGGAGGAUUGAAAAAUCUUAUUUUGGAAGCUGUCACGUUUGGAUCUUUCCUUUGGGAUGUUGAAAGCCAUGUAGAGUCAAGGUACCACUUUGUGACUAAUUGAUCUUGGAUUUUCUAUCGAGAAGCAGGCUAAUUAAAACAUCUAGCUUUCCUGGAUUAACUUCUCACCUUACCAUCAGACUAGAGAUCUUUUUUGGCCUUCUUGUAGCGACUCAUAUUAUUGAGCUUUCAUUAGUUGGAGUUUGGUUGGAGGAGGAAACACAUCAUGUCAUGAUUUUUUAACUGUUAUGAGAAAAAAAUAAAAUGGAGAGCACUGUUGUCACUUUUUGCGAAGUAUAUUGCAUUUAUAUCAUGUUAUUUUGUUGGUGUUUGCAUGAGGCAUAUUCAUUAAGUCAUAAUGGAUGUAGAAACUUUUUUUGUGCUUGUUGUAUUUAAUUUGAUCAGCAAAUCCUUCCAUAC